AUGGCUAGGCCGUUGAGAUGGAAUAUUACGGUAUUGGCCUUGUGGUUGAUGGUGGUGGCAAUAAUAGUAGAGGCAACCCCGCCGGGAAUAGCCAAAAACCCAAGCCACGCAAGGUGCUUGAUCAAAAAGUACAAGCAUUGCUACAACUUGGAGCACGUGUGCCCCAAGUUUUGCCCUGAUUCUUGCACGGUCGAAUGUGUCUCGUGCAAACCAAUAUGUGGCGACGUGUCCACGACCCCACCGCCAGACUCCGAGUCCCCAUCGCCACCGGAGGACGUACAUGCAAUCGGUUCCGAUGAUUCCAAAGGAGACGAUAAUGGAAAAGGAGGAAGAAAAGUUGAUGAUGAUAAUGGAAAAGGAAAUGGAAAGGGAGGUGGAAAAGGUGAUGAUAAUAAUGGAGAAGGAAAUGGAAAGGGAGGUGGGAAAGGUGAUGAUAAUAAUGGAAAGGGAGGUGGAGAAGGUGAUGAUAAUGAUGGAAAAGGACAUGGAAAGGGAGGUGGAGAAGGUGAUGAUAAUGAUGGAAAAGGACAUGGAAAGGGAGGUGGGGAUGAUAGAAACGAAACUCCUCCGACUCCAACAUCCGUACCACCGCAGUCUCCACCGGCUUCACCUCCAAAUUCUCCUCCAUCAAUCCCCGUCACACCACCACCGUCACCACCAACUCCAACACCCAUACCACCGCAAUCUCCACCAGCUCCGGUGCCCGAUUCACCGCCAAAUUCUCCUCCAUCCAUUCCCAUCACACCGCCACCGUCACCACCAACUCCAACACCCGUACCACCACAGUCUCCACCAACUCCGAUCCCGAAUUCACCACCAUAUUCUCCUCCAUCUAUCCCCGUCACACCACCACAAACUCCGCCACCUUCGGCUCCCACUACACCCACACAAUCUCCACCACCGCAAACUCCGCCAGCAUCAACUCCCACAAUCUCUCCACCAACUCCGUCAACACCUACACCUCCAGCACCAGUUACUCGUCCUCCUCCGUCCGAUGUUCCCACACCUCCGGCAGAUUUAUCAGAAGCUGCUGGAGGAAGGAGAAAGAGGUGCAGGAACAAAAACUAUCCCCACUGCUACGGCGUGCAACACGUUUGUCCCGCUUCCUGUCCACACACCUGCGAGAUCGACUGCGUCACCUGUAGACCUGUCUGCCAAUGCGAUAUGCCGGGCGCAGUAUGCCAAGACCCCCGCUUCAUAGGCGGGGACGGCAUCACCUUCUACUUCCACGGCAAGAAGGAUCGCGACUUCUGCCUCGUCACCCAACCGAACCUCCACAUCAACGCCCACUUCAUCGGUCGUCGCAACGAAAACAUGAAACGGGACUUCACGUGGGUCCAAUCCAUCGGCAUCCUCUUCGGGCCCCACCGACUCUUCGUCGGUGCACAGAAAACCGCCGUAUGGGACGACGCCGUCGACCGACUCUCGCUAGCUUUCGACGGUGAACCCAUUUCCCUCCCAACCGUCGAGGGCUCCACAUGGCAAGCCGCGAACCUCCCUUCCGCCACCGUGGCAAGGGACGCCGACACGAACAACGUGAUCAUAGAGGUCGAAGGGCUUUUCAAGAUCUCGGCAAAUGUGGUCCCCAUCACGAAACACGAGUCAAAAGUCCACAACUACGGAAUCACUGACGACGACUGCUUCGCGCAUCUCGAGCUCGGUUUCAAAUUCUUUUCGUUGAGCGAGAACGUGAACGGAGUAUUGGGGCGGACCUACGGGAAGAACUACGUGAGUAGGGUGAAAAUGGGAGUGCCGAUGCCGGUUCUUGGCGGGGAAAGGGAGUUUGCGGUUUCGAACCUUUUCGCUGCUGAUUGCGAAGUUUCGCAGUUUCAAAGCGGCGAAUUAAUGCAGCUAGGAAAUGUUCUCGAGCUGCCGGCCAUCAGCUGUAGCAGUGGUGUUGAUGGGAAGGGAGUUGUUUGCAAGAGAUGAGAGCUUCAUAAUCUUACUUAGCUUCAUUAAUUUUUCACCAUAUUACGUACUAAUAACGGGUUAAGGAAAUAAUAUUACAAAGAACAUGCUAAGAAAUUAAGGAAUAAAUACACGGAGAAGUUUUCGUGUCAAUAACUUCUUAUAAUGAAAGAAGGUGUAAGCACUUAUUUGUAUUUUUUUUUUACUUUUCUUU